GAAGUUCCCAGCGCGCAUUAAUUAGUGAUUGGCUCAUCCUCCUAUAAAAAGGAGGCGCGCGCGCCGCUGCGCGCAGUCUCCCAGCGCGAGCAGAGAUGAGCUACGGGUCUGAAGUCUUCUCCUCCUCCUCCUACCGGAGGCUUUUCGGGGAUUCUCCUCGGUACUCCUCCUCUCCAUCGCGCACAACGAUGAGCGUCUCCUCCCGGGCAGGGUACCGCUCCUCCUCCUCCUCUGUGUCCCGACUUGGCGCUCCGUCUGCGGGCGCGUGGAGCAGAAAGUCGGGCCGCUCCUUCUCCAUGCCGCUGGAGAGCUUCGACCUGACGCAGAGCAGCGUCCUCAACAACGAGUACAAGAUCGUGCGCACCAAUGAGAAGGAGCAGAUGCAGGGUCUGAACGACCGCUUCGCGGUGUUCAUCGAGAAGGUGCGCCACCUGGAGCAGCACAACAAGGUCCUGGAGACGGAGCUGCUCGCGCUGCGCCAGCGCCAGGCGGAGCCGUCCCGCCUGGCGGAGCUCUACCAGCAGGAGAUCCGGGAGCUGCGCUCCCAGCUCGAGGAGCUGACCGGGGAGAAGUCCCAGCUGCUGAUCGAGCGGGACAACAUCGACGACGACCUGCAGAAGCUCAGGGGCAAGUACGAGGAGGAGUUCCGCGCGCGCGAGGAGGCUGAGGCCACCCUCAAGGCUUUUAAGAAAGACGUGGACGACGCCACCAUGGUGCGCCUGGACCUGGAGAAGAAGGUGGAGUCCCUCCUGGACGAGAUCUCCUUCCUCAGGAAGGUGCACGAGGAGGAGGUGGUCGAGCUGACCGACAUGAUCCAGGCCGCGCAGGUGUCCGUGGAGAUGGAGGUGUCCAAGCCGGACCUCACCUCCGCGCUCAAGGAGAUCCGCGGCCAGUACGAGUCCAUGGCCUCCAAGAACCUGCAGUCCGCCGAGGAGUGGUACAAGAGCAAGUUCGCGGACCUGUCGGAGCAGGCCAACAGGAGCAGCGAGGCCAUCCGAGCCAGCAGGGAGGAGGUGAACGAGUUCCGGAGGCAGCUGCAGUCCAAGACCAUCGAGAUCGAGAGUCUGAGGGGAACCAACGAGUCUCUGGAGAAGCAGCUCCGGGAGAUGGAGGAGAGGCACAACAUGGAGAUUGUGGGCUACCAGGAAAGCAUGGCUGAGCUGGAGCACGAGCUGCGGUCCACCAAGAGUGAGAUGGCGCGACACCUGAGGGAGUAUCAGGAUCUGCUGAAUGUCAAAAUGGCGCUGGAUAUCGAGAUUGCAGCAUACAGGAAACUGCUGGAAGGAGAGGAGACCCGCAUCGGAACAGGCAUCGCCUUCCCCGGCCCCGCCAUGAGCGCCGUCGCCGGACAGGGCUACAGCUACCAGUCCCGCGUUUACACCAGCUCUGGCAAGAGCUCCAAGAAGGAGGGCAAAGAGGAGGAGCAGCAGCAGAACAAGGCCAGCAACAAAGUGUCCCAGCGGGAGGUCUACGAGGAGACGGUGCUCACCACGAAGAAGAUGGAGAAGCAGCAGGAAGAUAUUCCCACCAGUCAGAAAAACUAAAAGCGUCGCUCCGUUCUAACCCACACCCUCACCUUCAUAAACCAUCUUAGGACGUCGGCAAAUAAUUAGUGAAGGAUCUUCAGAUUUGUUUUGGAGAAGCAUCCCACCCCACAGGUGUUCCCUAAAACAAAUCCAUUAUAACCAGUACACUAAAAACAAUACAUCUCUUGCUAUUUUCCACAAACUCAUCCUUCAAUAAUAACAAGCACUAGGUAGACCGUGUGCAAAAGUAUGGUCUUUCAAAAGAACAAUAUUCUUCUGGUCUUUCUCACUAAUGUGACAUCGUUAUGGUCUCACACAAAUAAAUAACACUUAGUUGUGCAUUUCACCACAAACGGUGAGUUACUCGUCAAUGGUGCACAUUUACACACAAAAUAGAUCUAAACCACAUCAACUCUACAGAAUCUAAUUUAGUUGAUCACUAUCUGGGAGGAAAUGCCGCAUCUACAUGAACAAAGUGUAAAAAAAAAAAAAACAAACAACUGUAAUAAGCUUAUUUAAAUCACUUCUUGCAUAAUCUUUGAAGAAUUAGAAAGCGGUCUGAUCCGAGCUGCAGAACAGUACGAAGGUCUGUUUUUUAAAAUUAGUUUUUUUAAAUAAUUUUAUUAGUUAAUAACUCUUGAGACAAACAUUUAACAAGAAUCAUUUAGACGCCCUGCAGAGAUCAGCAGCUCAUUCAACAGGAUUUGACUGUUUGAACUGAAAUACAGUAGUCCCUAGAAACUUCACGGUUUGACUUUCGCAGACUCACUGUUUCGCGGGUUUUCGACGUAAGCUUUUACGCGACACACGAUUCAGGGGCUUCGGAUGUUAUCAGCCCGUUGAAUAAGCGUUAUUAGUUGUUUAUCAUCCCCAUAGGUUGAUUUCAGACUGUCCCUCGUACCUCCUAGUAGUUUUAAAUUUACGUUAUCACUGACAAUAUGCAGAUUUGCACACCUGUAAAACCACAUUUUUUAAAAACCUUUAUUUAACCAUUUUCCUCAAACUAAUCUUACAUCUGACCCUAAACUUAACCUCUUUACCACUGAACCUUAACCUUUACUUUUAACCAUGUGACCGUAUUAUCAGUGCUAACAACGUGCCUUUAAACCUACUAGGAGGUGCAGGAGGGGCAGUCUGAAUGCAACCUAUGGGAUGAUAACCACUAAUAACGGAUCAUUUAAUGGGUGAUAACAUUCAAGGCGGGUGUACAAUUGGCUGAUUGAUGGAAGGUGACCAACCAGAGCUUUGUGCUCUGUAUCUCGGGUGCUGAUUGGCUCAGUAACUGUAGCAUCAGUCUGUCUGCUCAUUAGGGAGCGGGCAGCCCGGUCCCUGUCCGGGGACCGUACCUCCAGCUUCUGUACGAUCCUCCCCAUCCUCCUUCCCUCCCAGUCCACACACCUCCGGGCGUGCACCUGAGGCACCUUCUCCCAUCAAGCUCGAGCUCUUACCCAGUGCAAUGCUCGCUAUAUCAAGAAGGAUGGUAUAUGAUGGAGAAGCUGGGCCUGUGAUCGGAAAGUCGCAGGUUCAACUCCCGGUACCAUCAACAUCAAAAUGUGGAUGUUAAAGAUGAAACACCCACACCUGCCUCCACCCUCAUUUGCCAGGCCCUUUAGCCCCACCAGCUGCUCCCAAAAACAGGUCUCUCUUGAAAAUGAGUUCUUCUGAUUCAAUGAGACUACCUGUA